GGAUCCGGGCAGGUCCCUGCAGCCCUCGCCGCCCCCGGCCCUCACCGAGCGCCAUGGCCCAGCCGCCGCCCGAUGUCAGUGAGGACGAGUGUCUCCCUGAGUACCGCCAUCUCUUCUGCCCCGACCUGCUCCGGGACAAAGUGGCCUUCAUCCCAGGUGGUGGCUCUGGGAUCGGGUUCCGGAUUGCUGAGAUUUUUAUGCGGCACGGCUGCCACACAGUCAUCGCCAGCAGAAGCCUUCCAAGAGUGUCAAAGGCUGCCGGAAAGCUGACUGCUGCCACUGGCCGGCGGUGCCUCCCUUUAUCUCUGGACGUUCGGGCCCUCCCAGCCGUCGCAGCUGCCGUGGACCAGGCACUGAAGGAGUUUGGGAAAAUCGACAUUCUCGUUAACUGUGCAGCUGGAAACUUCCUGUGCCCUGCCAGCGCAUUGUCCUUCAAUGCCUUUAAGACCGUGUUGGACAUCGACACCUUGGGCACCUUCAACACAUCUCGUGUGCUUUACGAAAAGUUCUUCAGGGACCAUGGAGGGGUGAUCGUGAACAUCACUGCGACCCUGGGUACCCGGGGGCAGGUGCUUCAAGUGCAUGCAGGUUCUGCCAAAGCAGCUGUGGAUGCAAUGACACGGCACUUGGCUGUGGAGUGGGGUCCCCAGAACAUCCGUGUCAACAGCCUCGCCCCUGGCCCCAUCAGUGGCACAGAGGGGUUCCGGCGGCUGGGUGGCCCCCAGGCCAGGGCUGGCACUAAGACUCUGGCCAUCCCCCUGCAGAGGCUGGGCAACAAGACAGAGGUCGCCCACAGCGCACUGUACCUGGCCAGCCCUUUGGCGUCCUACGUGACGGGGGCCGUGCUGGUGGUUGACGGCGGGGCAUGGCUGACAUUCCCCAAUGACAUCAAGUUGCUGGACGAUUUCGCAUCCUUCUCUGCGAAGCUCUAGG